AUGUUCAAGAAAAAAGACAAACCGAAAAGAGACCAUUCUGGAAAAUCUUUGUCACAGUAUGGCCUCUUUGAAGUACCCGAAGAUUUCAACACUGGUCUAGAUGAUGUUCCUGAUGAUGACAAUGAUGAAGAUCUUGAAGCAGAAUUAGCUGCUUUAACAGGUGGUGGUGGUGCUUCAAAGAAACCAAAAAAACCUGCCAGAAAAAUUAUUCCCCAAAGAGAACUUGAUUCCAUGGUAUCAGAAACAUUAAAAGAUAUUGAUGAUGAAGAUGAUGUGUCUGUUGACGAGAAUGAUCCUGAAUUGCUUGGAGAAUUAAAUGCAAUAGCAGGUGAUUCUCCUGAACCAGAAGAAGACUCUCCUUCUCAAGAAACACAACCAACUGUUGCUUCUUCAGACGUUAACAUUCUUACAGAAAGGCUAAACAACUAUAAUAUUUGUGAAAAAAGAGCAAAAGAAUUAGGAGAAAAUAUGAAAGCUAAAAGAUACAAUAGAGCAAUUAAGACAUUAAAAGACCUCCUAAAAAAAGCAAAUGCGGGACAUCCUAUUGACCUGAAUGAUGAAAGCGUCCCUCCUGAUAUACAACCACAUCAAGAUAAACCUGCUACAUCAGUUGUUCCUCAAGUACCAAAGCAACCUACACUUCCCGAACCAUUAUCACCAACAACUACUGAGUCUCCUUUAACUCCAUCUGAAGAAACGCCUUCUUAUGAUCCUGCUACUUUAACUACUCUACUUGAGCGUCAGAAAGCCUAUAAAAUAGCAGCUUUAAAAUACAAACAAUCUGGAGAUGCACAAAAAGCAGUAACAUUUUUGAAAAUCUCGAAGCAAUUUGAUGCCGUCAUUGCAGCUCUUAAAAGUGGCCAACCAGUUGAUCUGUCUAAUAUGCCUGGCCCACCUGAUGAGACUACGACCAUCUCUGAACCUAAAGUUCAGGAGAAUGAAGUUCAACAAAGCGGACCUGAACCAUCGACUAGUGACAAUGCUGCAGAUGGAGGGAACCUUGUUAUGGCUUCUAGUGUGUUGGAAGCUCUGGAACAAAGAUUAGCUGUUUAUAAAGAACAUGAAACCAAAGCAAAAGGUGAAAAUAAUCCAAGUAAAUCUCGAAGGUAUGGAAGAAUAAUUAAACAAUUUGAACAAGCGAUAAAAGCACACAAAGCAGGGAAACCAGUUGCUUAUGAUGAACUUCCAACUCCACCAGGUUACGGGCCCAUACCUGGUGUAGCACCACCUGCUCCUGAACCUGUUGAAGCCCCAGCACCACCUCCUAGACCAACCAGACCUGCACCAAAACCAUCACCAUCAACUGAAAGUGAAGAGAGUAGUGACCAACCUAGUCCAAGUCCUAAAAAAACUGAAGGUAUGGUUCCAAAAUCUACGCAAGCUGACAAGCAAAUGCAGAUUCUUAUAAUCAAACAAAAGCAAUUCAAGUUAGCAGCUUUGGAAGCAAAAAAGAGAGGUGAAAUGGCGCAAGCUAAAGAAUUUUUGAGGCAAUCCAAAGGUUUUGAUAAAUUGAUAGAGGCUUCUAUAGCUGGAUUACCGGUUGAUUGGUCAUCAAUUCCCGUCUCUCCUGAUGCAAAAUCUCAAUUAGAUAAUGAAUAUAACAUAGUUAUGAGCACUGAAAAUGAUGAAGCAGCAGGUAUAGAUAGUGAUUUGUUUGGCCGAUUAGAGAACCAACUUCAAAAACAAAUGAAAAUGUGCCUUACGACCCGUGAUCAUAACAAAGCAAUAGGCGAUAUUCCGGGGAUGAACAGAUUUGAAAGGUUAGCUUUAAACGUAACCAAAGACCUAGAUGUUGUGCGUCUUGCCAGAAAAACUGGACGCGUGCCGAAAUUCCAUUACGAAACUAAGGACUUUUCUAUUGUUAAGUCUUUCACGGAAAUUGGUGAUAAUGAUAUGGAAGUUACUAUCCACAGGGGACUUAAUAUUAAGGAUAAAGAUGUUGAUACUUAUGUUAAAAUGGAGUUUCCGUUUCCUCAGGAAACACCGUUUAUUGAUAAAACGUCAACAAUUAAAGGUACCAAUAACCCAGAAUACCAAAAAACUUUUGUCAUUCCUAUUCAAAGAAAUUCUAGACAGUGUCAGAGAGUGUUUAAAAGACAUAGCAUAAAAAUGGAGGUUUUUUCUAAAGGAUGUAGCUGCUGUGAUACUGGUGGAAGCUGUCAAUGCUGGGAUUCUUUUGUAGAUGGAUUUUGCUGUUUGGGAUUCUUUAGGAGUGAUGUCCUGGUUGGCACUGUAAAUGUUAAGUUGCAGCCUCUUGAAACCCAGUGCGAACUUCACGAAAGUUUUGAACUCAUGGAAGGUAGACGAAAAGUUGGAGGAAAAUUGGAAGUGCAAAUAAAGUUAAGAACGCCAAUUCAAACACAACAAGUUGAACAAAUACAAGAAAAGUGGCUGUUAAUCGAUCAGUAA